UUUUUGUAUCGUGUGAAUUUGUUUUAGUCCGAACUCAUUUUGAUUGAGCAUCUCACUGAAGAAAGUUACCCGACAAAAAUUAACCAUAAUCUGGACUAGCUCAUAGUAAGAAUUAGAAGAAAAUAAAUAAUAGAAUUUAAUGUGUUUCCAAGGUGUUGUUGGCAGCUGCUCACCUGCACUGAUGAGGUCUCGAGCUGGACUGAAACCCCACCAGUUAAUGCAGCCUGCGCCUUCCGACGGCCGCCCGGCGCUCAUUUUAUCACGAGGAGACUUCGGUGGAGGCUUGGUAACAGCGAAUGGUCCGUCGACGAAGUUUCCCUCACUAAACUAAUAGCGACAAUCUUCACGUAUGGAUCUUGAAAUUGAAGACAAGAUAAUAGAAACAGAUGACAACAGGGCGCCUCCACUGAAACAUCCACAGUGAGCACUGCAAACGUUUCAACACUUUUCACUUCCACCGUAACAACCCUCCUUACCACAAACCAAUCUCCUGAAAAUGUUGGUGAGGUGAUGGUGCUGCAACAAAAUGAAACAAGUAUAACACUCAAGUGGGAGAAGGUUAACAAUUUCUCCAUCUAUUUCUUAUUAUAUGACCUUGAUGGUAAAGUGAAGCAGGAGAGAGUGGAGCCUUCCCCAUAUCUAACGAAAGUUACUCAUGUGGUUGCUUUUCUCUCUGCUGGGAGAAAGUAUCAUUUUCGGCUCAUCACUGAGUUUAUGGGAGAAAACAGCACUGGAUAUGCAUUUUCUGCUCCCACUGCUCCUCUAAAUGCAAAAGGCUUCAAAUCCAUACAAAGAAAUACCACCAGUAUAACUCUGCAGUGGGAAAAAGUCGAAAACGUGAACUACACAGUCGUGUUUAAUGACACUGAGGAAGACGUCACUUCUACCGAGGCACAGGAAGUUACACAUGUGAUCGUAGAACUCGCAAGCGGGACUGAAUACACAUUCAUGCUCUUCACUGUGUUCGAAAAGGUUCGCAGUAGCGGAAACACCCUCACUGCUGUCACAGCUCCUAAAAAUGUUGACAAUGUGCACGUGCUAAACCAAAGUGAGACUAGCAUUACUCUGUCAUGGAAAAAAGUGGACCAUAGCACAACAUACAUUCUACAAUAUGACAACCACAGCACUCCCAUCUCAGUAUUCGAUUCUUCAGCUGUGAUUACGCACAGGAUUCCUUCUCUUGCCGCUGGGAAAAAAUACAACUUCACUCUCAUCACCGUUUUUGGCAACGUUACUAGCACGGGGUUCAAGUUUGACGCAGCGACAGUGCCGUCAAUGGUAACUAAUGUCUACGUGAUUGAUCGUGCGGAGACCAGCGUGACUCUGGAGUGGAAAUCGGCGGACCCAAACUGGGGCUACCUGCUUUACGUCGAUGGGAAAAACAUCUCAGUGCCACCAAAGGGAUCACAAAUUGUGUCCCUUUCUUUGAAACUCCAAUCAGGAAUGGAGUAUCCAUUCACUAUGACCACAUUGUUCUCUGGGCUGGCCAGUACUGCAUAUAACGGCUUCUUUGUAACAGCCAUUGACUGUACUGCCGUGACCUGGCAUGUGACUACAUCGUCAAUCCAAGGAAUAGUCAAGGGAUUAUUCACAAAUGCUUCAGCCUCUAAUGGAUCUUCGCCUCAUUUGAGUCCAGAAGGUCAAAAUGUGUCAUUUUCCAGCCUUUAUCCGGGCGCAACCUACAACGUGUCACUCGAGUACCAAAAGGAUUCUGCCCACUUUGUGCAAUGUCAUCUCCAACUGACAACUAUUCCACCAGAUUUAACUGCUCACUGUAAGUACUGGGAAUUUGGCUACUCCGUUCUUAUCGUCUGGGAUAAGCCAGAUGGUUUGUGGACUUCUGUGGAGGUGAAUGUGAGCGAACAAAUGCACACAGUGGAAGAUAUGGAACAGCAGCAUAUAGAAAUAGGUGGAUUUCAGCCAGCGAGAAUGUAUAAAGUGUCUCUAUCCUCGCGGUCUGGCACUGUGAGGCGGUCCGAACCGUACGUCUUUCAGUGUGCUACUGACCCUCGUAUGGUCAUUGCAGGGUCAGUCCUUGCUGUCCUGCUUUUUUGUUCCCUGUUGGGUUUAGCAAUAUUUUUGUUAAGAAGACCACACCUAAGAAAGAGAAAUUCAUCAGACGGCAGCUGCAAAGCCCCAACAGCAAAAAUAAAAGAAAUUUCUCUUGCAGAUUUUCCUGCCCAUUUCAACAAAUUAAGUAUGGAUAAGAACAGAGGUUUCAGCGACGAAUAUGAGAGCCUCGCUCUCAUCGGCAUCGAACACACUCAGAAUGUUGCUCUCAUGGUGGAAAACGUAGAGAAGAAUCGCUUCACCAACGUGCUGCCAUAUGACUGGAGCAGAGUCAAGCUACGUGGAAAUUUGGACUACAUUAAUGCCUCUUACAUGGCAGGUUACAACAGUCCCCGAGAGUACAUCGCCACUCAGGGUCCUCUGCCUUCGACGGUCAGUGACUUCUGGAGAAUGAUCUGGGAGCAAAAAGUCAAUGCCAUUGUUAUGGUAACCAACUGUACUGAAGGAAUGCGGACUAAGUGCGAACAUUACUGGCCUGCGCACGAAAAGACGUGUCAGCAUAAACUGCUGACGAUCACCAAUGUAUCAGAACAGCAAGACAGCAGCUGGACAAUAAGGGAAUUCCGAGUAAAACACAAGAAAACCCCAGAUGAGAGGAUAGUAAAACAUUUCCACUUUACUGCGUGGCCCGACCAUGGAGUCCCUCAGUGCACAGAUGUCCUCAUCCAGUUCAGAAGUCUUAUUAGAGAGCACAUGGACGCUAACGGAACCAAAGCCCCAACUGUGGUUCACUGCAGUGCGGGAGUGGGCAGGACGGGCACCAUUAUAGCCUUAGAUAUUCUGCUUCAACAGCUGCACAGAGACAAGCAAGUCAGCAUCAAUGCCCUCGUGCACAACAUGCGACUGCGGCGGCCACAUAUGGUGCAAACUGAGUCCCAGUAUGUUUUUCUGCACCAGUGCAUCAUGGACUAUCUGCAGUCUCGAGGGCAGACUGAUGAGAGUUUAAAUCAGAAUACAGAUUUCAUUUAUGAAAAUGCUACGGCACUGCAAGAGUUUAACAAAAUGGCGGUCUGAGUGUCAGACGUAAAAACUUGGAUUGUCGUCAUUACAGAUGACCAAUUUUUAGGAGCUGCUGUUUUAAGACUUUUUAACUUUCAAGAAAAUUGUAGUUUUUGCUGGUACAAACUACACAUUAUUUAACUCCUGCUUUUAGUUCAAAUAUAUUUAGUUAUUUUAAAAACAAGAAUAUCCUGACUACAUUUUAUCUGACUUGAAUAAAAUGACACUUGGGAAAGACAAAGAAUGUUUAAAAAUGUUCUAUUGACAAAAAAAGCUUUGUAAACAGUUUCCACUUGUAAAAAACAAAAACAAAUGAGACUCAAAAGGGUCAAUUGACGUGAGAUUCGAGCCAACACCUUUUUUUUUUUUAGAACUUAUUUUCAGAUAAAAAUCCUGUAUUGGAUCUUGAUGUGCCAUUUAUUUGUUCCAAUUAUGAGUUUCAUUCUUGUUCCUCUUGACACUUCGUGGCACUGAAGUAAUGUAAGAUAAGUUGGUGCCGUUCUCUCGCCGCGUCCGGGCAAAUAUCUCGCCACUCGGCACACAAGUUGUUGGGCUGCAGGUCUUGGAAUGUCUCCUCCCCGUGCGGCAUGGGGACAGAGAAUUUCUUGGCAAUGUUGUGCAAGACGCAGCACGUCUUGAUGAUGUUCAUCAACUUGUGCUGGGCAAAGCACAGUUGAGUCAAGCACCGAAAUCGCCAUUUCAGCGAGCGCAGCAUGUGUUGCGUCUUCUUGUAGAGCUUGGCGUGCGCCGUAUUGAAGUUUCUAUCUGCUGAAGUUUUGGGUGCACACACGGGGGUCAGCACGCGUUUGCUUAAGUUGUAGCCUUGACCACCUGUAAGGAAAAUAAUUGUAAUCAAUCAGACAGGCUACAGAAAAUGAUUACGUUGAUAUUUGACUAAUCAGAACACUGGAUUACUAAGGACUUUACAUUUUAGCUGUAAAUGUGGAUUAGGACUAAAAACGAUGCACUUUGAAAAGUUGAACUAUGAAUCAUGUGUAACUAUGUUACUGUUUACAAAUGACUCAUUUUGAUGUUUACAAACCCAACCAUAUCAGAAUUUAAAAAAGGCUUUUUUUAAAUUAUGUAACGAAAGUAGAAUUAAUGUUUUUUUUUCCAGUUUUAAAUACUUUAAUAGAAACUAACGAUUAUUUUCAUGAUUGAUUACUCGAAAGAUUAAGUAAACGAUUAAUCGGGUAAGUAACAUUUUUCAAUAGCGUACCGCCAAGGGUGAAAGUGGCUAGAAUUUCUUGCCGGAACUCCCCGACAUGAAGGUCGCCACGGAGCCAGACAUUUUAUUUAUUUAUUUUCCAUUAAAAAUUGUAUUCUUUCUUUCAUUCAUUCAUUCAUUUUCCUUGCCGCUUUUCCUCACGAGGGUCGCAAAGGUGCUGGAGCCUAUCCCAGCUAACUACGGGCACUAGGCAGGGUACACCCUGAACUGGUUGCGAGCCCAUCGCAGGGCUCGUUCAAUGAUUUGCAAAAAUAAAAGUUAACAAAACAACAAUAACUCCAACCUCUAUCUCCAAAUUUUUAUUUUCCAUCAUUUCCUCACAUAUUAAUUGCCAAAUCUCAAUUUUAACUACUUAAGA